AUGUUUCCAAGUGCGAAGCUCUGGACGGCUUUGACUUUUAUCGUCUCUGUCACAGCCUCCUCCUUGGAUAAGCGCGGGUCGAGUGUCAUUAUUGGUUAUAGAACCGUCAGUGCAGCACAAGCCCAAGGAUACAAAAAUGCUGGUAAUACUCUGGCAUGGUCUGAAUCCCGAAGCUCUGAUCAGCUAGGAGAGGGUGUUUAUAUAAGCCCUAGAAUUGCGGAUUGGCCCGGUGCUUCUACCAACUGGGACUGCGCUAUUCUCGCCGACUCAAACGCCUGGAAUCUAGUCAACAAGGCAUGGGUGCCCGCAUCCGACGGCUGUACGCCGCUAUGGUGGAAAAUAGGAGAUCCCAACAGGCCCGCAUACCUGAAAGCACUAGGCGGCUCGUCGUUCACACCAUCUAAUACCGCGCUGCUGAGUCGGAUUGAUGGGUUUGAACUUCUGCAGCUAUUAAUUCCACCGCAAUUGCUCGGUGCCAAAGGUGGGUUGAAAAUCAGUGUUCAGUGCGCUGCGAAGACGGACACGGAAGGCAUUGCAGCCAUAAGUAUAUACGGUGAUGUCGACUGGAGUAGCUGGCUCAACGUUAAAGGCACUGUGCAGAUAAUAUAA